CUCGCGAUAUUUCUACGAAUGAUUUAAAAGGCGCAUGCGCAAAAGACCAGAAAGGCGUUGCGGCGUAACUCCCCGCGAAAAGGAGAUAAAUAGCGCAUGCGCGUCCUUUGUCUUUCCUUCUGCAUCGGUUCGGAGAGAAAAUGUCACAUCGCAAAUUUUCAGCUCCUAGGCAUGGCUCUUUGGGCUUUCUGCCACGCAAACGUAGUUCUCGCCAUCGAGGAAAAGUGAAGAGCUUUCCUAAAGAUAAUCCUAGCCAGCCUAUCCAUCUCACUGCAUUUCUUGGAUACAAGGCAGGCAUGACCCACAUUGUCCGAGAAGUUGAUAGAGUUGGGUCCAAGGUGAACAAGAAAGAAGUUGUGGAAGCAGUUACUGUGGUGGAAACCCCACCUAUGGUCAUCGUUGGGAUUGUUGGCUAUGUGCAAACUCCCCGUGGCCUUCGCACCUUCAAGACUGUGUUUGCGGAGCACAUCAGUGAUGAGUGCAAGCGUCGUUUCUACAAGAACUGGCAUAAGUCCAAGAAGAAGGCCUUUACCAAGUACUGCAAGAAGUGGCAGGAUGAAGAAGGCAAGAAACAGCUGGAGAAAGACUUCAACAGCAUGAAGAAGUAUUGCCAGGUCAUCAGGGUUAUUGCCCAUACUCAGAUGCGCAUGCUUCCACUCCGACAAAAGAAAUCUCACCUGAUGGAGAUCCAGGUGAAUGGUGGCACCGUAGCUGAGAAGGUGGAAUGGGCCCGAGGAAAGCUGGAACAGCAGGUGCCUGUGUCCACCGUCUUUGGCCAGGAUGAAAUGAUAGAUGUCAUUGGAGUCACUAAGGGCAAGGGAUAUAAAGGAGUCACUAGCCGAUGGCAUACAAAAAAAUUGCCCCGCAAAACUCAUAGGGGUCUACGUAAAGUAGCUUGCAUUGGUGCAUGGCAUCCUGCUCGUGUGGCUUUCUCUGUGGCUCGUGCUGGUCAGAAAGGGUACCAUCAUCGUACAGAAAUCAAUAAAAAGAUCUACAAGAUUGGACAAGGUUACCAGAUCAAAGAUGGCAAGCUAAUAAAAAACAAUGCUUCAACAGAAUAUGAUCAAUCUGACAAGAGCAUUAACCCUCUGGGUGGAUUUGUCCAUUAUGGUGAAGUUACCAAUGAUUUCAUUAUGUUGAAAGGAUGUGUUGUUGGGACCAAGAAGAGAGUUCUCACUCUGCGCAAGUCCUUGCUUGUGCAGACCAAACGUCGGGCCCUGGAGAAGAUUGUCCUGAAGUUUAUUGAUACUACUUCCAAAUUUGGCCAUGGCCGUUUCCAGACAGCAGAAGAGAAGAAAGCUUUCAUGGGACCACUCAAGAAAGACCGUAUUGCCAAAGAGGAGACUGCUUAAUAUCUGGCAUAUUGUGAUUUUCAUCUGUAGUUUAUAAUAAAGCUACAAAUCAAAGCC